UUGCAACUUUACAGUGCCCGUGAGCACACUUGUUCCCAUUCAAUUUUAGGGGAUCAUUGACAAACUUUGCUGUUUGGGUCAGAUAGAUGGCGAUCAUGGUGCGACAGUCAACGAUGGUGAGGCCGGCGAGGGAGACGAUGCCGACUCGGCUAUGGAACUCCCACCUCGACCUACUGGUACCGCGCUUCCACACGCCCAGCGUCUACUUCUACCGCCGCCCCGAGGGGGCAGCGGCCACAGAAGGCUUCUUCGACGGCGAGCGGAUGCGGCAAGCGCUGGCGGAGGCACUCGUGACCUUCUACCCGAUGGCUGGCCGCCUCGCCCGCGACAAGGACGGGAGGGUCGAGAUCGACUGCAAUGGUGAGGGCGUGCUCUUCGUCGAGGCCGACGCACCGGACACCACUGUCGCUGACUAUGGCGACUUCGCGCCCACCAUGGAGCUCAAUCGCCUCAUCCCGGCCAUUGACUACACCCAGGAAAUUUCAUCCUUCCCACUCGUCGUGCUCCAGGUGACCUACUUCAAGUGUGGAGGUGUCUCCCUCGGUGUUGCCACACAACACCAUCUCGCUGAUGGCAUGUCCGGCUUGCAUUUCAUUAAUUCAUGGUCUGAUAUCUGCCGUGGAGCUAAAAUUGCAGUUAUGCCCUUCAUCAACCGCACCCUUGUCCGCGCUCGAGACCCCCCAACUCCAUGUUACCCACAUGUUGAGUACCAUCCAUCCCCAGCCAUGUUGUCAUCCAUACCCCAGGAUCUCUCUUCAGUGCAAACACUGCCAACCACCACCGUUGACAUCUUCCAGCUCACCAGAUCAGACAUUUGCCGCUUGCGCUCGCAGCUUCCCAAAGCCCACGAUAUGCCACGGUUCAGCACAUACACAUUGCUAUCUGCACAUGUCUGGCGUUGUGUCUCCCUUGCGCGUGGCUUGCCAUCUGAACAGCCCACCAAGCUGUAUUGUGCCAUUGAUGGGCGGAAACGACUGAAUCCUCCACUACCAGAAGGUUUCUUAGGCAAUGUGUUGUUCACUGCCACUCCAAUUUUGGAGGCAGGCAAGGUGGUAUGUGGGCUAGCAGAUGCAGCAAAGAUAAUCCAAAUGGAGCUAGAUAGGGUGGAUAAUGACUACUGCCGCUCAGCAUUGGACUACCUUGAGCUGCAACCUGAUUUGUCGGCAUUGGUCCGAGGAGCGCAAACCUACCAUUGUCCUAACCUUGGAAUCACCAGCUGGGUGAACUUGCCCAUCCACAACGCGGAUUUUGGAUGGGGACAGCCGGUGUUCAUGGGUCCCGGCGGCAUCGCAUUCGAGGGGCUCGCCUAUGUCCUCCCAAGCGUACAAAAUGAUGGGAGCUUGUACAUCGCAAUCUCGUUGGAGGCUGACCACAUGAAGAAGUUCCGAAAUUUGAUCUUCGAACUUUAAGAGAAUUGGCUUUACUUGCCCCAUGCCAAAAUUAAGUUAAGAAAAUUGAUUUUGGAUCUGUAAGCUAUUAUUUUGAACUUCCCUCUUCAUAUGCCAAAUAUGUUACGCAGGACCUCUUGCACAAUAAAAUACCCAUGUUGUUGGCUA